GAAGGUGCUCGCGAUACCGCAACAUGGAUCAGAGGAAACGAGCGCAGAGCGUUCAGUCGCGUGCCGAGAGCCAGAAAGGAUUGGUCAAGAGCAGUAGCAACUACCGCUUGGACUCCUUGGAGGGACGGUCUGAGAAGAGCGGGAAAGUAUCCUCGCGUGCGAAAGAGGUGUACGGAUCGAGGGAGGAUGUGGAUGCAUACAAAGGCGCGACACAGCCUGCAAAUGGCCGAAACUGGGGCGCCGCACUGUUCGACAUCUUGAUAUCGUCAUGCGUGCUAUACUUUGCCGUGUUCGGCUUCCUGGCCUACGCGCAGAAUGGCACCAUGGCGAGCUUGCCGCUCAAUCAGAUCAUCUUCAAGAUGGCGGGAUUUAAUCCAACGAUAUUCCCCAUCAUCUUCACUUUGAUCGUGGCCAAGUUCAUGAAAGCAUGCGCGCAAUUCAAGCUCGAGCGCGGUGCCACGAUUGGUACACUCGAACAUCUGCUGGGCAGUCGCUCAUUCGGGGCGUCUUUUCUUACGCCCCUCAAACAUCGAUCCAUGGGUCUUGUCGCGCUUGCCGUCUUCCUCUUCUGGUGUCUUAAUCCUGUGGGAGGUCAGCUUUCCUUGAAGGCCGUAUCCAAAGAUGCCAAUUACACCACCAUUGCGACCAACUUCCACUAUGUGGACUUCAACGAUUCGCCAUUCCAACUCACUAACAAGUCAAACCGCUUAGCACCGAUCAACUCUGCCUUCACCACUGCGCUCUUCAGUCCUGCCACUUCGAAAAAUGGCUCACAGGAUUUAUUCGGUGGUCUACAGAUACCCUUGCUUGAAGUGCUGAAAGAACAUCAGAAAGCCGAUUCCGCUGGAUGGUAUCGCACAGGACAGUUGGUGGAGCUGAAUGCGACCAGCAAAGCUCUGGCGGAGCUAGAGGAUUUCUUAAACGUACCAAAUGACGCCGAUGUUAAUGGGAAUGCGAAUACACUGGUCUAUGCAUCCCUCACUGGCAUUCCGUUCCUUCGUGGUAUUCCAGUAAUUCCUCCUGGUCCCGGUGCAGCGAAUAGGUCAGCUACCGAAAACACAACAAUGUCGCUAUCAACGCUGCAGGAACGAUUAUUUGGCGCACAGAGCGGCGAAGUCGUGAAUACUGAGUCGCAGUUCAACAUCGAGACAAGCUAUUUCUACCUCGAUUGCAAGACUUCUCAGGAUGGCAAGACGUCAGAUGCUUCAGACUUCCCGCAAGGCAUCAACAAGGAGCAGGGCAUCGUGUCGAAUGGACAUCAAUUUUCGCUCCAGUAUGACACGAACCAUACCCUGAACAGCACAGCACCACAGAUCAUUCAGCUCACUUCUUGGAGCGGACAUUCUGGUGGCUCUGGCGACAUCACAAAAGCAUCCUGCGGCCUGAGCACAACCUAUGUUGAAGCGAACAUCUAUUGCUCCAGUGGCAAUAACUGCAGUGUUCAAGCUGUACGAGCCUCACUGCUGGAUCAUCCAUCUUCAUCUCUAUCGCAGCUAGAUGGCAUCACACCGCCUUUCAAUGACUCUAGCCUUUCGGUGAGGCAAUCGAUACCCCAGCUCUUCUUCUCCGGCUUCAUCGCCGCGACUGGCAACACGACCCAGAAUCCUACUGGUCUUUCGCCGAUCGAAUGCUACUUUGUUCACCCAGAGAACCCUUAUCAGUGCUCCUUUGACAACACACCAUAUGCCCUGCAUGAUUUGGGUAACGAGCUAUUCUCGCACCGUCUCACGCAGCUUCUCAACACCUACUGGAUGGACAACGUAGCACAGUACUCAGUCACAGGCAACUUCACUCUCAACAACAUCUACGAGGACAGCCUUCAUGCCACAGUCCCAGGCCAAACGCGGAUCGAAACUGAAGUCCUCCGCUGUUAUACCACUUUAAUGGAAAUCUUAGUCGCGAUCUCAAUCCUCCUCUUCUUCCUCGGCCUCGCAACAGCAUAUCUAGACGCGACCCGCAGAGGUCCAGACAUUUUGGAAGAUUUCGUCAGUGUCCUCCGACAUAGUCCAUACAUGCAUGUCGAGGCAGGCUCUAGCAUGGAAGACGGCUGCGAGAAAGCUCACAGAUUGAGGAAUACUUUGGUCCGGCUGGGCGAUGUACGGCCUGAUGAUCCUUUUGGAUUUGUGGCCAUUGGGACGCCGAGCGAGAAGCAGCCUGUGAGGGUUUUGCAGCAUGAGAGACAGUAUCGAUAGCAUAGCAUGAUAUAUAUAAUGAACACGAAUCUAUGAACUUCGCU